AUGAAAUUCCAAAAGACGCAGUUUGCAUUGAUCUCGGAUAACCUCAGGCUUCCUUAUUCGGGCAGUGGUUCAACGUUUGAGAAGGUUACUGCGACAUGGGUGAUGGCAAUGCAAGAUUUCGAGAAGAUCAUGGACAACCACCCGCAACAACUAUGGGUAAUGGCGUUGGGAGCUGUUUUCCGGCAAUGGGAAAUUCGCAAUGCCGAUAUUGGAGUCGCCUUCGAUUGGUUUGUAAAACUGGGCACAAAACUGAAAUCGACAGAGGCCCAUCAGUGUCCAGAGCUCAGCUGGAUUCUCAAGCUUUGCUCUGCAGCUGAGGACACUGCUCACGAUACCAAGGUCGCAAAUAACCUUGUAAAAGUAUAUUUGGAAGGGCCUCCAGAUUUCUUCGGCGGUCCCAAUACCAACAUCAGCUUCCGUGCCGAUGCAACAUCCCAUCUGAGUAGCUCUGACAUCACGCUGUGGGUUCAAUCCGAUGCCUAUAAGACCACCUGGGCGGAUGGCGUGAAUUCCGCGUUUGAUGAAGUCUUGCCCCCGGAUGAAUGGGUCCCGCAGCUCUUGAAUGCGGAUAACAACAGGAUAUAUGAGUACAUGAUGGGCUUUAUGAAGACCCGACCUACUAGAGCAGCCACUAUUAAUCAUGGCACCAAUCAUAUCAAACUAAGGGACCCCAAUUCCAAGCGAAGAAGACUUGACUCACCGCCAAGGGAUGAAUAUUCGACUCACGCUGCAUAUCUUUUCCCAGAACAGCACUCGACUGGUAUUAGCGACAGCGACAGCCCUAAUAAGCCCCGCAGGGCCGAUAUCCGCAGGCUCGGGAUCAUGGGUAGCCCUGCCGUCCUCCUGAAGAUCUCUACCUCCAGCCACGUCACCAACGGCAAUCUCGCAAUUUCGGGUGGCACUGUUCACACCAACGCAUCCCCGAAGAAAAAGAAGAAAAAGUCCUCCAAGACGCCGAAACAGCCCAAGCAGGCAAAACCCCCAAAGAUUACCAGUGCCCGCGUUCCCAAGGCGUUACCGCCCGCUCCUCCUCGAAGCGUCGCCUCCUCGACAAGGCGGGACAUCGAGCCCGAAGACGGUUACUGCUGGCUGCUCCUCUUCAAGUCGAAAUACUGGAAUCAACUGCGCUCAAUGUACGGUCCGAAUACAGUGCACCAGGUAAACGCCCCUCACGGCGUACUGCGCGAGUUUAUGCGCCAGUAUCCACACAUGGUCUCUUCAAGGAGGGACCUGAUACGGCAACAGACGGCGCCCAACCUCAGCCACAUAAGUCCGCAUGGUAACAGUUCACCCUGGGAGAUCAUGGGAUGGUAG